AUGGUUAUGGAUCAGGUUGGUGGUAGGAGUAGAAGGGGAAGGAGAACACCAUUUCUUACCGACCCCGAGCAGUAUGAGUGUGGCAAGAUGGCACAGUUCCACCUCCUCGACCCGUUCUACGACGAGAGCCACCGGGGGCGUCUUCUGUCGGAAGGCCAGGACCUAGCAACGCUUCGUUCUAGGACACACAAUGGGUUCCUAGACAUGGUGUUCGACGACAGGUACACUAAUUACCUCAGACGAGCAGGUCUAGAUGUAAUAUCGUACCAGUUACGACGCGGGUUGCCUACUAUUGAUUCGGCGGCCAUUACUGCACUUGUGGACAGGUGGCGGCCUGAGACACAUAGUUUUCAUCUUCCUUUUGGUGAGAUGACAGUCACAUUAGAGGAUACACAGAAGAUACUUGGACUCGAUGUUGGUGGCAGAGCAGUGACAGGCCAAUGUGACUCUGACGGUUGGAGGGCUAGAGUUGAGGCCUUUCUUGGUAGAGAGCUUCCUGCUGAGGGCGUUGAAAGGACUGCUGGAGUAGGCAUCACAUGCAAAGAUGUCUAG